AUGGGUUACUUCGGGGACUUCACGGGCCUCUGCCACAUGGCGCCGCUGCCACUGUGCUCAUCAAUAGGGCCUAUAACCUCGAUAUCGACCGGCGUGGGGAUUGAGCCGGAUUGCUAUGCGCGGAACAUCGAGUUGGCGAACACAAUCAUCUUCCAAGGCGCCGCAAGUGCCAUGCACAUUAUCGCUCUGCUCAUGACGGUGGUCAUGGUGCUGCAUGUGCGGGGGAAGUUCACUGCAGUUGGGAGGAAGGAGAUCACCACUUUCUUCUACCUCUACAUGCUCCUCACCUUCUUGUCUCUCUGCGUCGACGCAGGGGUCGUCCCUCCCGGAUCCGCGCCGUAUCCCUACUUCGUCGCCAUUCAAAGCGGGUUGACUUCGUCACUCAUCACCUGCCUGAUGAUCAACGGCUUCGUCGGUUUCCAACUUUACGAGGACGGCACCCCACUAUCAUUGUGGAUGAUGAGGCUCGGCUCUGUGGCUGCCUUUGUCAUCUCGUUCCUCGUUUCUCUGGCAACGUUCAAAUCGUGGGUGGGAUUGGGCCCGACAAACACCAUCGGCCUCUUCGUCGUUCUCUAUCUUCUCAACGCCGUCCAGCUCUUCGUCUACCUGGCCCUUCAGAUCCUUCUCGUCACUCGAACGCUGCAGGACAGAUGGCCGCUGGGAGAUAUUGCCUUUGGCAUUUUCUUCUUUGUUGUUGGCCAGGUAAUCCUGUACGCCUUCAGCGCCCCUAUCUGCCGGGCUGUAAGCCACUACGUGGAUGGUCUGUUCAUUGCGACCACCUGUAACUUGUUGGCGGUCAUGAUGGUCUACAAGUACUGGGAUUCGAUCACUAAGGAAGACCUGGAGUUUUCUGUUGGCACGAGAAUGAACACGUGGGAGGUCAAGGAGCUGCUGCCAGAGGACGAGCGCCGAGCGACGGUCUAUAGCGAGGACCCGUACGGCCACUCAAGUGCCUUCGACAACCCAUACUCCCCGUCCUCCAACCGAUAUUCUAAAUACUGA